CCGGCGCGUCCCCGCCCGCCCGGCCGUCAGCUGAUGGGCCGCCCGCCGGGGAGGCCGCCGCCGCCGCCGCCGCGCGAUCAUGGCGGCCGAGAUCCACUCCAGGCCGCAGAGCAGCCGCCCGGUGCUGCUGAGCAAGAUCGAGGGCCACCAGGACGCCGUCACGGCCGCGCUGCUCAUCCCCAAGGAGGACGGCGUGAUCACGGCCAGCGAGGACCGAACCAUCCGAGUAUGGCUGAAAAGAGACAGCGGUCAGUACUGGCCCAGCAUCUACCACACGAUGGCCUCUCCCUGCUCUGCUAUGGCGUACCAUCACGAUAGCAGACGGAUAUUUGUGGGCCAGGAUAACGGAGCCGUAAUGGAAUUUCAUGUGUCUGAAGAUUUUAAUAAAAUGAACUUUAUCAAGACCUACCCAGCUCAUCAGAACCGGGUGUCCGCGAUUAUCUUCAGCUUGACGGCAGAGUGGGUGAUCAGCACCGGCCACGACAAGUGUGUCAGCUGGAUGUGCACGCGGAGCGGGAACAUGCUUGGCCGGCACUUCUUCACGUCCUGGGCUUCAUGUUUGCAAUAUGAUUUUGAUACUCAGUAUGCUUUUGUUGGUGAUUAUUCUGGACAGAUCACCCUGCUGAAGCUUGAACAGAACACUUGUUCAGUUAUUACAACCCUCAAAGGACAUGAAGGUAGCAUCGCCUGCCUCUGGUGGGACCCUAUUCAGCGGUUACUCUUCUCGGGAGCCUCCGACAACAGCAUCAUCAUGUGGGACAUCGGAGGAAGGAAGGGCCGCACGCUCUUGCUCCAGGGCCAUCAUGACAGAGUGCAGUCGCUGUGUUACCUUCAGCUCACCAGGCAGCUCGUCUCCUGUUCCUCGGAUGGUGGCAUUGCAGUGUGGAACAUGGACGUGAGCAGAGAGGAGGCUCCUCAGUGGUUAGAAAGUGAUUCUUGUCAGAAAUGCGAGCAGCCCUUUUUCUGGAAUAUAAAGCAGAUGUGGGACACAAAGACGCUGGGCUUGAGACAGCAUCACUGCAGGAAGUGCGGGCAGGCCGUCUGCGGCAAGUGCAGCAGCAAACGCUCAAGCUACCCCGUCAUGGGAUUCGAGUUCCAGGUCCGGGUGUGUGAUUCCUGUUACGACUCCAUCAAAGACGAGGAUCGGACUUCUCUAGCAACCUUUCAUGAAGGAAAACAUAACAUUUCCCACAUGUCCAUGGACGUGGCCAGGGGACUGAUGGUGACCUGUGGGACCGAUCGCGUUGUAAAGAUAUGGGACAUGACGCCUGUCGUGGGCUGCAGUCUGGCAACUGGCUUUUCUCCACACUGAUCCAGGAGCUGGGCGAGGUCUGCACCCUCCCAACGCGACCUUCACCAAAUGCAGUCCUUUCCUGUAGCGCCACGGUCCCUGUCACGUGAUGGACAGUAGCCACUAAAAAACAAAUCAACAUUUUUUAAAAAAAAAACAUGUAAAGGUGUGUUUUUGGGCAUUUGUGGAACUACCUCUGGGGACGAGAUGGACAAGGUUCAUCUGUAGUGGUUCCCUGAGGACUGGAAUUACUUCAGCGAGGCUUCCUCGUGAACAAAGAGCUGAUGUGUGCUGAAAGAACAAUUUAGCAAAUGAGAGUCUUAGAGGAAAAAUACCGAACAAAAAAGUUAAUGCUUAGAACUUUCUCGAAGCAGUUCCCAGUACACGCACACUUCCUCUCAGACUGGCUGGCCCUCCGAGGGCUCCUGUGGCUCUGGUGUUGGAGCAGGAAUUAGGGGGAAGGAGGACUCGUUCUCUCUUUGUUGAGGGGCACAGUAGGAACUUGAGAACCCAGAGAUCUCUCCUUCUUUCCUGGCCGUGUGUGAAUAGUCUCUACACUUAUUAUUGACAGACUUCUUAAAGAUACCUGUUCUCUUCAGGUGGUGCCCGUAGUGUUUGGCCUGCUUCAGUUGUUUCCCUUCCAGCCAAAAUGCCAUGGGCGGACUGUUAUUAAGUGAGUGGUAGAAUUUCUACAUUAACCAAGGCUGUCCACAUUCUUCCCUUUCCCCGACAUGUGCUUCUGAGGACAAAGCAUUUUUAUGGUGCUGUUAACAUGGGAGCCACACAAGCCAGCUGACUUUUUCUCAUCGCGAUUAGUAACGACGAAUGGAAAACCCAGCUACCAGCAUGAUCGUGAUGGGAAAUGAUCAGUCUGUUCCAUGGAACAGCCCCGUCCUCCUAAAAGACAUAUGCUAUUUGUCGUUUUGUAGCUCCAAGAUGAGCCCCUGUGAUAGUGUGGCAAUUUAGUAUACACCUCAGAAAAGAACUCCAAAGCUUCUUAAACCACAUUGACUUUUAGUCAUAACUAAUAUCAUUAAUAUUUCAUAGAAGGGAAUUGGUAACCCAGAGCAGUAAUUGUCACCCAGGUCCUGCACAGUAAUUCUAACUUGUAAAUUGCUUUCCUAACAACUAGCAAAAUCUGUUGUAUCAAAUGGCGUUUGAAAAGCUUUUGGCCGCUUAGUGGCAGGAUAGAGAAGAGGUGGGGGAUGGGCAGCCUGUCUAUUAAUGUUCAAAUAUUUAUUUGAUUGUUUUUACCAAUAGUAAGUGUAUCUGUUACUUCAGGGCUAUCGAAGUGAGUGGAGAGAGGCCUACUUUUUUUAAGGAUAAAUUUAUAAAUAGAUAGCAACAGUAUUUUUGUUAGUCUUACUAGUGGAUUUUGAUAAAAGCUCACAGCUUGUCACUGUGCUGGGAUCAUAUCGAGACAACGUGGUCAUUCUGUAUGAUUCAGCUAAGGGACUAAAUCUGUUUUUUAACAGCAGGUCAGAAGGACUAUAAUGUUCAGGACGGGCAACUAAACUAAGAUGUGUUAAUGGCCAAGAGACACAAAUAAUAAGGAAGGAGGAGGAGGUCAGGCACAUCAUGUUCUGGAAUGAUCUGCAUUAAAAGUGGACUUGCCUUCAGAAAUAAGACUGAGGGUUUUGUUGCUCUUAUAAUUUUUGUGUUAUAUCAUCUGAAAAAGAUGUUUCCCAUAAAAACUUUUCCUAGGCUCUUUGCAAAAUGUGUGUCACUAACACAGUCUGGAAGAAAAAUCGAGUGAUGGUAACUUUUAAAUGGCAAUGUUGAAUGUUAGCUUUAGUUCAGUUCAUGGUUCAGCUUGUACAAAGGUGCUAUCCUGGGGAUUUUCUGAAGUCCUGAAGGGAAAACAGAAUAUAAUCUAGUCCUUGCUGUGUCGAAGAGUGCUGAACCGUGGUUUUGUUUUCCUUUAACUUCUGUAAAAUGUGAUUUUAUAAUGUCUGUGGUAGACUGAGCAGAAAUCACAGCUGCCAAGAAUAGCCGUAGCUUUCAAGCUUGUUUUGUUUUAAAAAAUUCUUAGUGAAAAACUCAGUGUUCCAUAGAGAAUAUAAGGUGGUUUUAGCGCCACCUAAGGGAUGAAACUAACAUAAAUCAAGGAAGAAAGGAAUAUAUAAAGAAGAAUUAGAGUGGGGUAUCCAGAAAAGGACAGGAGAAUGUUUCAAUAUCGUUUUCUGUCCUCCAGAGCCUAUUUUCAUUUUUAUUUUUUAAAACACAUGACAGUCUUGUCUCUAGCAAACGCUAGGUAGCAAAUGGGGUAAUAUUUUUUAUAGAGGUGGGCAAAAAUUAUUUUCUCAAUUUUACUGACUGGGCACAUAAGGAAAGUACAGCUAGACUUCUAGUUAUUGCCUUAUUUUGACCGUGUUACUCUUAAACGGGUCAUUUAAAAUCCUUCUUCAAGUAAUGGUUUACUGGUUUUUCCAUUCCUAAGUACUCACGCUAAUUUGUACAAAUGGGGAUUAGGAAGUACAGGAUGUUAGAGAAGAUCCUGAUGUUUAUAUCUAGGAUGUCUGUGAUAAGGAAAUGCCAAUUCUUCAUUGUAAACAUGUUUUAAAAUGGGCCUUUAUUAGUGCAAGUGGUAGAAGCACCCCUAUAGCAUUAGGUGGAAACAUUAUACAUUACAUUGUAACUCUCUGCUACUAUGUCCUAGUUCUGUCCUGCUGCCUAGAGGAUAUAAACAAAAUGUUGCUUCUGAAUGUAUCACUUUGUUCUCCCCCUAAAGAAUUCAGUUUGUUAGCACCUAUAUUUUUAAACUGUUGAAACUGACCUAAGUAUGUUAUAAAUCCUGUGGUGGCUCAGACCCAAGGAGAUAUUUUCUAAAAUCAGUUUUCAUUAAAUUACUUUCUACUUUCGUUACUGGAUCUGGUGUCUCCUAAAAUGUAAGAAACCAGUUACUGUUAGUGACAAACCAUCUGCUCAUUAUAAAUGUGAUGUUUAACAAAUAAGUAAUACAUGCUAUAUUAAUUAAAGUAUCUAUUGCUUAAUUGUUAAUUGUGAGCAGAUUAUUGAAUGCCUACUCUAUUUUUGGCAGUUUACUGUACAGUAACUCCUUUGAGUAAGUUGAAGUUUAAUUGUGCAACAAAUUUAUAUUAGAAUACAAUGUAAAGUGUUUUUCUCUAUAACCUUUUUUGACUGGGGAAGCAAAGGGCAAUGUUGAUUAGUACAUUUUGUCUUGUACUAGCUAUGUUUCUAUAAGAUAUGAUACCCUGAAUUGGAAAACUUUGUUCUUUGCUCUUAUUUGUGGGUUCUGUUUUUGUGUUUUUUUUGAGAAUAUGCAUACAAUAAAAUGUUCCUUGCUUGUUA